AUGACGAACUCAGGGAGAUGUUGGGGGGAGGAGGAUCAGGAGAGAUGUUACAGGAAUCUAGCAGAGAAGCAAAGCCGAGGGAAGACGGGCCUCGGCUUUGGCGGCGGAGGGAGUAGCAGCAGCAGCAGCAGCAGCAGCAGCAGCAGCAGCAGGAACUCGUUGUCUUCUAUGUUUCAACAACAGGAAAAGGCUGAAGUCACGACGGGAACUUCGCGGCGACCGCAGACGGCUGAGGAAGGGCGUCUGCGUAAGAUAAAGACAGUUAUAGAUGAGGAAGCAGCAGAAGCAGCAAAAGGGAAAGCAACAUGGAGAGACGACUUUGCUGCUGCGGCAGCUGGCAGCAUGCGAGCAGCAGCAAUCGCGUUAGUAGAAGAAGAUGAUGAAUUCUCUUUUGCUGAUUUUAUUGAUAAACAUAGACAAGCUAAAAAAACGGCAGUUGCUGCAGGAGAGGAGGCGAGUCAUUUGGAUGCGAUCUUUGGCAGCGGCCCGGUGGAGCACAAGACAGUGCUUGAGGAGAGGCCGCCAUCACCCCCUAGGGUGCGACUAAGCAGCCGCAGCCGCAGCCGCAGCCGCAGCAGGAGACGCAGCAGCAGCCGCAGCAGCAGGAACAGCAGGAGCAGGAGCAGCAGCAACAAUAGACAGAUGAGCAGCAAGCAGCAGCAGCAGCAGCAACAGCAUAGCCACAACGGCAAGAGCAGCAGCAACAGCAACGAGAAACAGCAGCAGAGCCCCAGUGGACGACGCGAGGCUAAGAACCCAAGAGCAGCAGCAGCAGCAGCAGCAGCAGCAGGAGGGGGAGGAGGGCUGCAGGUAAUGCUGCUGUCUGCAGAAGCAAUGCUGUCCGAGUCGCAGCUGCAGGAGCAGCAGCCAGCAGCAGCAGCAGCAGUACCUAAAUGGAAGCUUAAGCUGCUGCAGCGGCAGCAGCAGCAGCGGCAGCAGCAGCAGCAGCAACAGUAA